CCUUGGUCACGAAACAUGACGGCGAGGAAGUCUGGCUCACGACUGGAGUCAGAGAUAGAGCGGUGCCGCUCGGAGAGCCAGUGGGACAAGAUUCCGGAGCUGGUUCGGCAGCUGUCGGCGAAACUUAUAUCCAACGAUGAUUUAGGUGAGUUGCUGUUGGGAGAAUCUAAGCUCCAGACUUACUUGAAGGAAAAUCCCAUCAAACAGGGCUCCAGCCCCCGGGGUCCACGACCCAAACUGGUGGAGGUGAGGAAGCACCUUACUGCUGCUCUAGACCGAGGAAACCUCAAGGCUGAUUACUUGCAGGAAGCCAGUCUUUUGAUGGCCAAAAUCUGUUACAUAGAGGGGGAAUACAAAGAUGCUUUAGGUCAUUACAGCCGGGUGAACCUGGAUGACAUGCAGCUGGUUGGAGCUCCUGUGUACAGGCUGUCCAUGAUAGCUGAGGCCUACGCUACCAAAGGCUUGUGUUUAGAGAAGGUCCCAUCUUCCUCUCCCUCUCUGUCGAACAAGAACUCUCCAUCGACCAAUCGGAGCCCAGCAGAGCGGGAGCAGGAAAUCAUCACCUGCUAUGAAAAGUCCGGAGACAUUGCUUUGCUCUACCUCCAGGAAGCUGAGAAGGCCUUAUCAGCAGGCAUUCAGAACCGCAGCCCAAAGCCAGGACCAACAUCUCAGGAUCUGGAGCUGGGCUACUUCCUAGAGACAGGCCUGCAGAGAGCCCACGUCAUCCACUUCAAGAAUGGAAACCUGACGCAGGGUGUGGGCAGGUUUCGGGAGAUUCUCCGGGCUGUUGAAACCAGAACCACCCAGAAUCUUCGCAUGACAAUAGCCCGGCAGCUGGCAGAGAUCCUGCUCCGAGGGAUGUGUGAACAGAGCUACUGGUCUCCUCUGGAGGAUCCUCCAACAGUGUCACCGUUGGAUAAUCCCACACAGAAAGGGCUUACCUACAGCAAGAACUACACCCUAAGCCGACGCCCACGAGUAUACUCGGGAGAGAAUCUGUUUUGUCCCCAGGAGAACACAGAGGAAGCCCUCCUGCUGCUACUGAUUAGCGAGUCCAUGGCCAACCGGGACGCUGUCCUGAGCAGGAUUCCUGAGCACAACAACGACCGUAUCAUUAGCCUACAGUCUGCCUCUGUGGUGUAUGAUCUGCUGACCAUAGCUCUGGGCAGGAGGGGGCAGUAUGAGAUGCUGUCAGAGUGUUUAGAGAGAGCUAUGAAGUUCGCAUUCGAGGAGUUCCAUUUGUGGUACCAGCUCGCCUUGUCGCUAAUGGCUGCUGGCAAAUCCGCUCGUGCUGUCAAGGUUCUCAAGGAGUGCAUCCGCUUGAAGCCAGACGACCCAACCAUCCCACUGCUGGCUGUUAAAAUGUGCAUCGGUCCCCUGCACUGGUUGGAUGAAGGUGAGAAGUUUGCAAAGAUGGUGAUUGACAUGGAAGAGAAAGCAGCAGAAUUCAGAGGCAAAGGCUACUUGGCAAUCGGUCUGGUUUACAGCCUCAAGGCCACUGAUGCUUCACUUCGGAGCACACAGGAGGAGUACCAGAGGAAAGCUUUGGGAGCCUUUCAGAGAGCACAGAGUCUGUCUCCCACUGACCAUCUGGCAGCUUUUUAUCUGGCUUUGCAGCUUGCUGUAUCCAGACAGAUCCCCGAGGCAUUAGGAUAUGUUCGACAGGCGCUGCAACUCCAAGGAGACGAUGUCCACUCCCUCCACCUGCUGGCCCUGCUUCUCUCUGCCCAGAAACACUACCAUGAUGCUCUUAACAUCAUAGAGAUGGCCCUGUCAGAGUACCCUGAGAACUUCAAUCUGCUGUAUACCAAGGUGAAGCUGGAGGCCAUGUGUAGAGGACCAGAGGAAGCUCUGCUCACCUGUAAACACAUGCUGCAGAUCUGGAAGAGCUUUUACAACCUGACUAACCCCAGCGAUUCAGGCCGUGGCAGCAGCCUGUUGGACCGAGCCAUAGCAGACAGACGACAGCUCAAUGCCAUGACACUGCCCGACUUCAGUGACCCUGACACUGGUUCGGUGCAUGCUACAUCUAUAGCUGCCAGCCGGGUGGAGCAGGCUCUGUCAGAGGUGGCCUCUUCUCUGCAGAGCAGCGCUCCCAAACACGGACCCCUCCAUCCCUGGAUGACCCUGGCUCAGAUCUGGUUACAUGCAGCUGAGGUGUACAUCGGCAUGUCGAAACCUGCAGAGGCCACAGCGUGCACCCAGGAGGCUGCCAACCUCUUCCCCACCUCCCACAACGUUCUGUACAUGAGGGGGCAGAUAGCCGAGCUGAGGGGCAACAUGGAUGAUGCCAAACGAUGGUACGAAGAAGCCCUGUCCAUCAACCCAACUCAUGUCAAAACCAUGCAGAGACUGGGUCUGAUUCUGCACCAGCUGCAGCGCUACAGUCUAUCUGAGAAAGUCCUGAGGGAUGCUGUGCAGGUCAACAGCACGGCUCACGACGUGUGGAACAGUCUGGGCGAGGUGCUGCAGGCUCAGGGGAACGCCGCUGCCGCCACUGAGUGUUUCCUCACUGCCUUGGAGCUGGAGGCCAGCAGCCCCAUCCUGCCUUUCACCAUCAUUCCCCGAGCACUAUGAGACGCCAUCAUAAACCAGGGAUCUGCAAACUGCUCCCUACACACAUGACUAAGUGUAAACAGCUGUGCAGAUGUUUCUCACACUAUGUACAUAAAUGCAAAUAUAAUUUUCCUCUGCUUUGUGUUGGUGUGCGCCGACAUGUUUUCCUGCGUCUCGUUUGUGCACCAUUGUCCUUGUACAUACAAUAACGUUUGCAUUCGAAAGCCUAAGAUUUUGUUUACACUUUAUUUUGUCCAAAGAAACACAGGUUGGUUUUAAAAUCCCAUUACUGCCAGGAAAAAAUAAAUGCUUCUACGUUUGCUUUAAGAGCCAAACAUCUGGAUAAAACAACAGAUUCACCCGCUGCUGUUAAACCAGAGCGGAUUGCUGUUACUGUACCAUCCACUGGAGACAUGAUCAUUGGAUCAAUUAGUCAAUAAAUGCCAAAAAAAGAUCUGUAUGAAUUCAGACAGAUUAAUGGACUAUUUUAUUAUUUCUGUGGGAAUUUUUAUCAUGUCAACGCAUGCUGUUAUUUAGAUUACAGAAUACAAUAUGCACAUAAGAGAGCUGUUGCUGAUAAACGGGAUCUGUUUCAACAACCAGGUUUUCUAUGUAAAAGCAUCCAUCUUGUUUGUGUCUUUGCAUCCUGUCACAGCCAGGUUAGUUUUUCCUUUAGAUUUUUUUUAUCAUAAAUUUAAAGAGUUAUUGAUGUAUAUUUGAUUGACCCUCAUGUUUUAAUAUUUCAGACAGUAAGUUAUGAUUAUACACAGUGAAGCUGUGGGCAGAGUGAGGAGAUGAACGGGUUCAGUUUAAUCAGAGUUGUAUUUGCUGUAAAUCAGUGACUGAAAUGAUAAUAAAGAUCCUCUGUAAAGCUGUGUGUGGUGUUCC